UAAAAAGAAGUAAAAUUUGGUUGAAACCUCAAGGGCUCCUCGUGCCAGAUCCCUGUCCGAUGGCUUGUAUGAAAAACUAUCUCCUACCCAUUCUGGGGAUCUUCUUGGCCUACUACUACUAUUCCGCGGAUGAGGAAUUCAAACCAGAGAUGCUCCAAGGAAAGAAAGUGAUUGUCACAGGGGCCAGCAAGGGGAUUGGAAAAGAGAUGGCCUAUCAUCUGGCGAAGAUGGGAGCCCACGUGAUGGUGACAGCGAGGUCAGAAGAAGCUCUAAAGAAGAUAGUAUCCGACUGCUUGAAGUAUGGCGCAGCCUCAGCACACUACAUUGCUGGCACCAUGGAGGACAUGACCUUCGCAGAGCAAUUUAUUGCCAAAGCUGGAAAGAUCUUGGGAGGACUAGACAUGCUCAUUCUCAAUCACAUCACCAGCGCUACUAUGGAACCAUUUGCUGGUGAUAUCCACUUCGUGCGCAGAAGUAUGGAGGUCAACUACAUCAGUUAUGUGGUCAUGAGUAUGGCUGCCCUCCCCAUGCUGAAGCAGAGCAAUGGAAGCAUUGUCGUUGUCUCCUCCAUGGCUGGGAAAAUGGCUAGUCCACUUGUUGCUCCCUAUUCUGCAAGCAAGUUUGCUCUUGAUGGGUUUUUCUCCUCCAUCAGGACGGAAUAUUCAGUGGCCAAGGUCAAUGUGUCAAUCACUCUCUGUAUCCUCGGCCUCAUAGACACAGACUCAGCCAUGAAGGCAGUGUCUGGGAUACUCAACGCCGAGGCAGCUCCAAAGAAAGACUGUGCCCUGGAGAUCAUCAAAGGGGGAGCUCUACGCCAAGAGGAAGUGUAUUAUGGCAAAUUAGGAUGGGCCAGUCUCCUGCUGAAAAAUCCAGGGAGGAGGAUCCUGGAAUUCCUCAGCCUAAGAAAUUAUAAUAUGGAAAAAUUUAUAAACAACUAGAAAUGUCCUUAGGGCUGGGCAGGAUAAGGGAGCUUGGGACUGUUCUGCCAGAUGUUUAUCUAAGCUCCAUCCAUGAAGGCAUCGACCCAGAGAGAUAAAUGAGUCAGUCUCCCCAGAGAGUUGCAAGCCAUGCCUCAUGUCUCCCAGUUUGAAGGAGUUCGUCUAACACUUGCACAGUGAACAUGUGAUUAUACCAAAUGUCAUGAAGUUGCAUUAUCUAUGAGGUUUUUGUUGUUUG